ACACUAGUGUCAGCUGAGCAAGGCGUUGCAAAAAUGGUGAUCUUCAGUGUGUAUGUGGUCAACAAGGCUGGGGGCUUGAUUUACCAAUAUGACAACUAUAUUCCGAGAGCCGAGGCCGAGAAAACAUUUAGCUAUCCUUUAGAUUUAGUGCUCAAGCAUCACGAUGAAAAGGUGGUUGUUUCGUUUGGACAGCGAGACGGAAUAAGAGUGGGUCAUGCAGUGCUGUCCAUCAACGGGGUUGACGUGGUUGGCAAAAACACGGCAGAAGGAAAAGACAUCCUUGAAUACUUAAAGGAUCCCUCUAAUUAUCCAGUGUCGAUUCGUUUUGGACGAGCACGUCUCAGCUCCAAUGAGAAGCUGAUGCUUGCAUCUAUGUUCCACUCGCUUUUUGCUAUUGGUUCACAGCUGUCUCCUGAAGUUGGUAGUUCAGGGAUUGAAAUGCUAGAAACGGAUGUCUUCAAGCUGCACUGCUUCCAGACUCUCACAGGGAUAAAGUUUAUCGUGUUGGCUGACCCUCGGCAGUCCGGCAUUGAUGCUCUGUUGAGGAAGAUUUAUGAAGUUUAUUCAGAUUUUGCCCUCAAAAACCCUUUCUAUUCUCUGGAAAUGCCAAUAAGGUGUGAACUCUUUGACCAGAAUCUGAAGAGUGCUCUGGAGAUCGCAGAGAAAGCUGGGAACUUUGGAGCUGGAUCCUGAUUUAAAGAAGAAUUAUUCAGCAUCUAUGAUUUUCAUACAUGGAGAGCCUGAGAUUAGAGCUGGUGAAGAAAAAAAUGUUUAAAUCAUUUUUCAAACAGGGAAUUCACACUGUGUAAAUACAUGUUGUGUAAAUAUGUGAGAAUAAAAUGACAGCCUGCAUGAAACUGC